AUAUUAAAUAGCAAUAAAAAUAUAUUAACGACAUUUCCGUGUCGCCGUUUUAAAAAACAACAACUAUAUUACCGUGUAGAAGCAUUUUUGGUUUUAAAGUGCACAUAUUUAAAGGUAUCACAGUGUAUAGUUGAGUCACUGUCACUGGUCAGCUGAUCGCUGCAUGUUGUCUCCUGCGGCUAGCCUAGCCUAGCUUAGUUAGCAUCGCUGGAUGUUGUUUACAGGCAGCCUUUAACACCGCCUGGGACCGUCUUCCUUCUUUUACCGCAACAACAACAACUUCUCCCGGCGUGUAUGUUGGUGUGAAGAGGGCCGAGAAGGAAGGUGAAAGAGGCCGCCGGUGCUGCUGAUGGAAUUUAAAUCCACCACAACAAUGGCGAGUCCCAGCCCUAACAAGUCGUCUCCGUGCAGCAACAAGGGCGCAGCAGACGCAAACAAGCAACAACAAACGUCUCAACAACUCUUUACAACAGUCAGCAGCCUGCAAGACUCCAACACCUGCUGGAGAUGUCAAAGCGAAACAGGCUUCCAGAUAAACCUGUCUGGAGCCCCCCCAAGUAAACGCAAAGCCCUCAAGCUGAACUUUGCCAACCCGCCCAUCAAACCCACCACCAGAUUCACGCUGAACACGACCGGACCACCCUUCCAGAACCCGCACAUCGAGAGGCUAAGGACGCACAGCAUCGAGUCCUCCGGGAAGCUGAAGCUCUCCCCGGAGCAGCACUGGGACUUCACGGCCGACGACCUGAAGGACUUGGGCGAGAUUGGCCGCGGGGCGUACGGCUCCGUCAACAAGAUGGUGCACAAGCCCAGUAACCAGAUCAUGGCCGUCAAGAGAAUUCGCUCCACGGUGGACGAGAAGGAGCAGAAGCAGCUGCUUAUGGACUUGGACGUGGUGGUGCGCAGCAGCGACUGUCCUUACAUCGUGCAGUUUUACGGCGCUCUUUUCCGAGAGGGCGACUGUUGGAUCUGCAUGGAACUCAUGGCUACCUCCUUAGACAAGUUCUACAAAUUUGUAUAUUGCUCUUUAGACGACGUGAUUCCAGAGGAAAUCUUAGGAAAAAUAACUUUAGCUACUGUGAAAGCACUUAACCACCUAAAAGAAAACUUGAAAAUAAUACACCGAGACAUCAAGCCCUCAAACAUUCUUCUGGACAGAAACGGCAACAUCAAGCUGUGCGACUUUGGCAUCAGUGGCCAGCUGGUGGACUCCAUCGCUAAGACCCGCGAUGCCGGAUGCCGACCCUACAUGGCGCCUGAGAGGAUUGACCCGAGCGCUUCCAGGCAAGGUUACGACGUGCGCUCCGACGUUUGGAGCUUGGGCAUCACGCUGUACGAGCUAGCAACGGGCCGCUUCCCCUACCCAAAGUGGAACAGCGUGUUCGACCAGCUGACCCAGGUGGUGAGAGGCGAACCUCCUCAGCUCAGCAACUCUGAGGAGAGACGCUUCUCCCCCAAAUUCAUCUCCUUUGUCAACGUGUGCCUUACCAAGGAUGAGUCGAAAAGGCCAAAGUACAAAGAGCUGCUGAAAGAUCCGUUCAUUCAGAUGUACGAGGAGCGCUCCGUGGACGUUGCAACUUACGUGUGCAGACUUCUGGAUCAGAUGCCGGCUUCUCCCAGCUCGCCUUCGUACAUGGACUGACUGCAUUGACGUUAAAUAUUCAACCUGGAAAAGUUGUGUACAUUUGUCUAAAGACAAACAAGCUGAUUAUCUCAUUCAUGUAUGUAGGGUACAUUUACGUUGGGCAUGUUUUCACAUACACACACACACACGAUCCGUCAGUUGAACAAUUAACACAAUGAAUUAUGAUUAUAAUAUAGAGUAUUGACGCCUGCUGGAACCAUGCUGUCUGUUAAUUGUUCCUCUUGAUUGGAAGCGUUGUCUUUGCUCUCCUAUGAAACGUGUUUGUGUAAACAUCAGCACUGCGAUGCUGACCGCUGUAUGAGAGGAUAUAAUGCUGAUAGGAUAUAAAUAAAGACUGGAAGAGAGUGAAAU